UCUACGCAAAGGAGAAAGAGAGGAGAGAGAGUGGACGACAAGAGGAGAGAGAGAGAGAGAGAGAGAGAGCAGAGGAACGAUGGCGCCUGAAAUUGAAGAUGGAGAUAUUAACAAUGAGAAAAACCCUCCUCCUUUGGAUGAAGACGACAUUGCACUCCUCAAAACCUACGGCUUGGGACCCUACUCUGCCAGCAUAAAGAAAGUGGAGAAUGAAAUCAAGGACAUGGCCAAGAAGGUCAAUGACUUGUGUGGAAUAAAAGAGUCAGACACUGGGUUAGUUGCACCCAGCCAGUGGGAUCUUGUUUCUGAUAAACAAAUGAUGCAGGAGGAGCAGCCUCUUCAGGUUGCAAGAUGCACAAAAAUAAUAAACCAGAACUCUGAUGAUGCAAAGUAUGUAAUAAAUGUUAAGCAAAUUGCCAAGUUUGUUGUUGGUUUGGGCGAUAAAGUUUCGCCAACAGAUAUUGAAGAAGGCAUGCGUGUCGGCGUUGAUCGAAAUAAAUAUCAAAUUCAAAUUCCCUUGCCUCCGAAGAUUGAUCCCAGUGUUACCAUGAUGACAGUGGAAGAAAAACCGGAUGUUACAUACAAUGAUGUUGGUGGAUGUAAGGAGCAGAUUGAAAAGAUGCGAGAAGUAGUGGAACUCCCCAUGCUCCAUCCAGAGAAAUUUGUGAAGCUUGGCAUUGAUCCUCCGAAGGGGGUGCUUUGCUAUGGUCCUCCAGGAACAGGCAAAACUUUACUAGCUAGAGCUGUGGCCAACAGAACUGAUGCCUGCUUUAUUCGUGUUAUUGGAAGUGAGCUUGUUCAGAAAUAUGUUGGAGAGGGGGCCCGGAUGGUUCGUGAGCUUUUCCAGAUGGCACGUUCAAAAAAGGCUUGCAUCGUCUUCUUUGAUGAGGUGGACGCAAUAGGUGGUGCUCGGUUUGAUGAUGGUGUGGGUGGAGACAAUGAGGUCCAGCGUACAAUGCUUGAAAUCGUGAAUCAGCUCGAUGGCUUUGAUGCUCGAGGAAACAUCAAAGUUUUGAUGGCAACAAACAGGCCUGACACACUAGAUCCAGCAUUGUUGCGUCCUGGACGACUAGACCGUAAGGUUGAGUUCGGUCUGCCUGAUCUGGAGAGCAGGACACAAAUAUUCAAGAUCCACACACGGACAAUGAAUUGCGAGAGAGACAUCCGGUUUGAGCUUCUCGCUCGCCUCUGCCCCAACUCAACGGGGGCAGACAUCAGGAGUGUAUGCACUGAGGCAGGGAUGUUUGCUAUCCGAGCGAGGAGAAAGACGGUGACGGAGAAAGAUUUCCUUGAUGCGGUCAACAAGGUCAUCAAAGGUUAUCAAAAAUUCAGUGCUACUCCUAAGUACAUGGUCUACAACUGACAGAGACCAUUUACUGCCUUCCCCUGGCCUUUCAUGACUUGAUCCUGGCCGGGCAAUGCGCUGGCAGCCAUUCAUCGGUUGCCACAUGGGUUAUUUAUAACACAACAUUCCAAUAUUCUUCUAAAAUGAAAGAGGGGCCUCGCCUUCUUCAGCUGGUCAUGUAAUUUCUUCAUUGUUGUUCUAAAGCAGAUGGAACUUUGGUCUGCCUCUGAACUGGCAGCCCCAAGUUUAUAAAGGUGAAAGAACUCAAAAUAGCUAUUUAUUUAUUUUCCUGGAUAAUCUUUGGUGAAUCUGUCAUCUGCAUCAUCAAAUUGGUUGCCAUGGCCAUUAAGGCAAUGUGAUCACUAUGCCACCGUAAUUGCAUGGAUAGGAUGAUGCCUUAGAGCAGUUUGUUUCUUUA